CCUUCUGGCAGUCGGUUAUUUGUGCACCAUAACGCGCUUUUUUUGUUUACAUCUUAAUAUUGUAUGGUGGUGAAAAACGUACCUGUAACAACAUUUAUCUCAGACUUAUGCUCCGAUUUUAGCUCGAUGAACACAUCUUCACCCUAGGAUUGACCAUCUUUCAUAUAAGCUUAACGGGGAAUCACCCUUUCUGUUAUCAUUCUAAGACCCAGCCAUUUGCAAUCUACUCUGUUUGUUCCAUUCACAGCUGAUAAUGACGUCGUGAGACUUCUAUAGUCUAGUCCAAAGGUGUGCGUCGUUUCAGGACUAACCGAACACACAGCGGUGGCGACAGUUUGAAUAAACGUUCUCACGAAAUAGAAUAAAAGAAACUCACUGAGGGAGAUAUUAGCGGAUAAAGAGGAGACGAGUAGAUAAUACAACAUGAAUAAUACCAUUUUGGAUCUCGCCCAAUAGACCGUAAAUGCGGAACAACCUUUCUGAAAAAAAAAGAGAGGGAUGUGUUUCUCAUGUCGUUGUAAGGGACGCCAUUUCGUACAGUUAUACGACAAACUAUACAUGUGGGAUAUAUUGGUAUUAUUUUAGCGGAGUUGACGCUUUACUUUAUUCUCAGAACUGGAAUCGUUCAGUAUCAGCAAUCAUCGAAGUUUGAGAAUAACUUGUUGAAUGCGAAGUAGGGGUGUAGCUGCCAGUGGGGCGUGUACUAUACUUUCUGGAGACGAUCGAUCUAGGGUCUAAGCAAGCCUUCACAGACACGAAUUAGACGCUCCGUUUCAAUUUCAGCGUUGAUCAACUUUCAACACCCUUAUGGAGUUCAGUCAUGACGCCCUCUAUAUGAAACACCUGAUCAGGGCACCGUAAUAUUGUGUGAUGAUUAUCACUCAUUAUCAUAUCUGUCAACGACUCGGCUGUCAUCGAUGUCAACUAACCAAUCACCAACUCAACCAGCUGUGACGACAUCUUCGACGAAUAUGGAUGGAUCUUCGGUUAACACAGGUGCCAUAAUUGGAGCUGUUGUAGCAGUUGUUGUAGCCAUUGUUGUUGUGGGCCUUGUAGUGUACUUCUGGUGCUAUUUCAAAAGAAAGAAGCAAAGUCAUAGUUUUCAGGAAAGACAUCCGAUUGGAGACCAAGCUCCCACUUUCCGUGUCCUCUCUACGUGGGAAGAAGCGAUAACCAACCAAGAAAAACAAAAGGAUGCUUCAGAAUACACUCCCGUGCAGAUGGAUUACUCCACGCCAGACUUAAUAGCUGGGACUAAUGAUAGUGAAGUCAUUCACAAUAAUCAAUAUGAACGAUUACGAAAUAGAAAAAUCACGUCAGAAACUUCGAAAAUGCCGACGAUUGCCGAGGACGUCAAUGAACGCCCGCUGUCGGUAGGAUUCGAUAAUCCAGGAUUUGAUAUAGGAUUGGACGAAAUAUUUGAAACACCAUUAUUUAACGGGCCAAUUAAGUUGGGUCGGGAAUUGAGUAGAGAAGAGGAGAGUGAUAAUGAAAGAAACUUAAGUCAAUCUCCAACUGAUCUUGGACAGAAUUUUUCGAUAAUUGCGACUGAUCCUCCGGAUGAUCCUCCUUACGAUCCCCCUGACGAAACAACGAUCGAAAGUCAUAAUAAAGAAGACGAUCGUGUAUCAACAAAAGAGAGUGAAUCAUCCGAUGAUGUGAAUGUUGAUACUGAAGAUGUGUCAGAAAAGACUGAAGAGGUGAAUGAUACUAAUUCGGAGGAUAUUGAUGAUAGCCACGAUAACCCUGGUUUUGAAAUGGAAGAGGAUAUCAAUGCUACCAGUACAUCUCCAGAAUCACCAACAGAGUUUGAUACCGAAAACGAUAUCGAUGCUACCGAUAUGCCAUCAGAAUCACCAGCAUCGUCAUCGGACGUCGAUAAUCAUGAUAAUUGUACUUGAACAUAGGUGCAAUAAGAUUAGCUGGAGAUCAAAGCAAUUUCAGAGGAUGAGGACGGUGUAAAUGCCAUGACUGCCAUUACGAAAUGUGUGGAAAAGUCAACAGUAAUGAUUAGUUUUCAGAGGCAUACGGAAUCACUGACAGCAAGUAAUAAAAAGCCAGGAAACCUUUCAU